UAUCCGCCAUUUUCCAGUCGCCAUUGAAAGGUGAAAACUUCACUAAAUGUCGGUGAUGAUUUUAAGAUUUUGAGUGGUUUCUUUAAGAUUGAAUCAGUUUUUAGUGUUGUGAAAUGAAAAUGAAGUGUCCCGGACUACCAUGACGCAUCAAAAUCACCAAACAAACGGUGCAAGUCUCGAGGAUUGCCACACAAACUUCUUCGCCUUGACGGAGCUGUAUGGCAUAAAAUGGCGUAAACUAGUGUGGGGGGAGUCGAGCGGCGGCGCCGAGGGCGAGGAGGGCGCCGCGCCGCUCGCCGACCCUGUCAUCAGCAGCUACGCGCGCUGCCUCGCCGGCGACAUCCUGUGCGUGUGGCGGCGCGUGCCGGCCCCGCAGCCUCUCGACAUCGACAUUGGCAUGGCCGCGCCGCCACCGCUCUCCCUACGAGCUUCGAAGGAGCUAUGGAUCUUCUGGUACGGCGAGGAGCCGGACCUCAACGGACUUGUCGCACCCGAACUUAUCGCCAGCCAAGGCGACCAAGGUUCCUGGGAGAGCGGGCUUUCCUACGAGUGUCGCUCGCUGCUAUUCAAGGCAUUACAUAAUUUAAUCGAAAGAUGUCUGUUGUCGCGGGACUUUGUGCGGCUCGGCAAGUGGUUCGUUCAACCUUACGAUGGCGACGAAGAGGAUGUUGGCAAGAGUCCGUGGCACUUAUCUUUCUCGUUCGCGUUCUUCCUUCACGGCGAGAGCACGGUGUGUGCGUCCGUGGACGUCCGCCAGCACCCGCCCGUGCGGACCCUCACCGCCAAGCGUCUCGCGCGACUGCACUCGCGCGGGGACAACAAGGUGAUCCUGGCUCCGUUCGGUCUGGAGGGUCGCGUGACCGGCCGCGAGUGGGGGGACGGCGACGCGGCCACGGCGCGUCUGCUGGACGCCUGGCGACACCUCUACCCGCUCGAGCAGGGCUGCGGCGCCGUCGAGGUGGAGUGCGGCGGCGUGCGCAUGCGCUACCCGGUGCCGUACGUGCUCGUGACGGAGAUGGAGGCGCCGCGCGACGCGCCGCCGUCCGCCGCGCGCCUCGCCACGCGCGCGCUGGCCGCGCUCGCCGCGCCGCGACCGCACCAGACGGCGGAAUUGUGUUACGCGGAGUUGUCGGGCGACGCGAAUGACGAUUUCGUGGAUCCCACCAGGAAGACACCCUGUACCUGCGCCAAGGCGAGCGGGUGCGGGUCGGGCUGCACGGGCGGCGGCGGCGCGUGCUCGCCGGGCAGCUGCGGCGGCGCGUCGCCCGCCGGCGCGCCCUCGCCGCACCACGCGCACGCCGCGCUCUCCACGCUCACCACGAUGGCCGCGCACCAGGUCAAUGUACCGACGACGCUGCACACGCCAGCGCCGACUCCCGACCCUUUGGCGCCGCCAACACCUGCGCCACCCUCUGCGCCGCCGCACAAGAACUAUGCGCAGGGUGAGUCCCCCGGCGGUGGCGGCGCUGCGAGUGCGGAAUCGCCUGGCGGAGCCAGCGCGCCCGCGGAGCUGCUGCGGCGGCCCGCGCUGCCUGCGCCCGAGAAGCGCCUCGACCCGCUGGAGGACGAGCACUCGCUACACAUGCUCUACGACUACACCACCGUACACGCAUGGCUGGAGCACCCCGUGAAGCGGUUCAAGAGCUCGGAGGGCACGUUCAGCGAGGAGCUGGCGCUGGGCGUGGCCGCCGGCGACCUGUACGCGGGGCACGACCACACGCGCCUGCCCGCCACGCCUCUCCGCGACUACGCACUACACGCGCACAUCAAACACGAGAAACAGGACCACGAAGAUGUUAAAGAGUACAAGAACCUUUUUACGUCGGAUGGCUUAUGUCCGACGUUAAAAGACCUAGAGCAAAUAUUUGACAAUUCGGACGAUGCGGCCAGUGGCGAUGAGACGGUAAGACUUCUCCAAGUGCAAACGCCGCCCGAUUCGAAUAAGUCAAUGGAGGAGACGCGGUGCCUCAGUGGUCGCUGCGUGCGAGCCGAGGAGCUCAGCAAGAUGUUCCCGACUCCACCGAGUAUGGAGGCGCAUGCGCAACCCUCUCCUGGUUUCUCGCCACCCGACGACGCGCAGCAGACGCACGCGCAUGCGCACUCACACGUGCACGGACACCGCGCGCAUGGGUCACCGCCUCCCGAUCCUAUUGAGGACUGGUCAUAUGUGUUCAAACCACCUACGAUAUGCAAGUAUGUGGGUUCGUCCAAGUAUGCGCCUCUCACUACUCUUCCGAGCCAGAUGUUGCCUCCAGUGGCGCUACCACCGCACGCAGUAUACCGGCCGCGCUGGCAACGCGCCAAACAGGACUCCGAACGUGAUGAGCACGCGCAACCGCAUCGAACAGAAUCAUCCAAUACUAAUAGUGGAAGCAAUACAGCAAAUAGCAAUAACAGCACUAGUGGUGUGAAGCGAUCGAUAUCGUCCACCAACGAACGCGUUAGCAGUGGCGUCAACAGUGUUGGCACCACCGUUACGGAGACGCGCGCAUCGCCCCGGCGACCGGGUGCGCCUGCAUCCGCAGCCCCUUGCGCGAUUAGUGCGUCGCCCGCCUCGCCACGUGUAGCUGCUCCAGCAUGUCCAUUACUACUCAACGUGCUACUGGCAGACACCGUGCUCAAUGUUUUCCGAGACCAUAACUUCGAUAGUUGCACGCUCUGUGUGUGCAAUGCCGGCGCGCGGAUGGUAGGUAAUAUUCGCGGUGCGGAUGCCGGAACGUAUCUUCCGGGAGGUGACUGGGGUGGCAGUGUCGACGAUGAGCCUUCUCGAUGUUCCUGUGGCUUCAGUGCUAUUGUUAACCGUCGGCUGGCGCAUCGAGCGGGGCUCUUUUACGAGGAUGAGAUGGAGAUCACGGGUAUAGCGGAGGAACCGGGCGGGCGCAGUGGUCGCGGCACGCUGGUGGACGUGGCCGGCGUGGUGGUGGCGCAGUGCGCGGCGCCCGCGGGCGGCGCUGCCUCCGCACUCGCCCGCGCCGCGCGCCGCGCCUCCGCCCACUCGCCCGACCACUUGCGCCUCAACCUGCUCGAGUACUCAGACGGUGGAGCAGCAGCGGCGCGAGCGUUACGCGCAGCGGCUGGAGGCGCCGCUACUUCGUUACCCGCACCCACCCCCGCCACCGCCGCCACUGCCGGCACCGGCGCCGCCGUGCAUCGCUGGCCCUUUAUUGGUGCACGAGCACCACGCUCCUCGAGAGAUGUAGUCAGAUUAAUGCGUCGCCUUCGGCCGCUGCUCCAAGAUGCGAUACAAAAGCGUUGUUGUGGCGCUCGCAUGUGGGACGGCGUGACGGGCCCGCUAACGUGGCGGCAGUUCCACCGUCUAGCCGGCCGUGGCAACGAGGACCUUUGCGAGCCGCAACCCGUCCCUCCUCUGUUGGUUGGGCACGACCGGGAUUGGAUCUCGCUGUCGCCGUAUGCAUUGCGACACUGGGAGCGACUUUCGCUCGAACCUUAUUCGUACGCUCGAGACGUGGCCUACGUCGUAUUGGCGGCGGACGGCGAUUACCUGUCUGAACCAAUCAAAACGUUCUUCCGGGAGUUAUCGGCGGCUUAUGAGUCUUGUCGACUGGGUAGACAUCAACCUAUUGCAAGGAUAGCGCGGGACGGUAUCGUGAGGACGGCGCCUAGCGACGGCGAACGGGAUUCAAAUUAUGAAGAAUGGACGGGAGAGUUACCUCCUGGAAGAUUAGGAGAAUAUAUGAAAGCCUAUGCGGAGACCCUGCGGUCGAACCUCGUACCGCAGCUGGCAGCGCUUAAUGUUGACCGGACCUUAUUCGAGACAAACAAUACAGGCUCAAUGCGACCCGCUACAGCGCCGGAGAUGCCUGGCACUCCAGGUGGCUGCGGCGGCGCGGGCGCUACGACGGGCGAGCAUGAGCCGGAGAGCAGCGGCCUGCCCAGCAGUGCGGCUUGGGAGGAGGACGAGGCGGGCGCGCCGGCGCUCGUGCUGUACGUCGUGGAGCCGCCCGCCGCGCACGCGCACCGCCCGCGCGCACUCAACGCGCUGCUGCGGCUCGCCGCACAGGCGCAUCACCACCUGCACCACCACAACCCGCUCAUCAAGAUAAUAUCAUUAGAAGGUGUCUGUGAGACAUGGGGUGCGCUAGGCAGCACCGACGUAGGCGGCAUCAGUGGCGGUGCGGGCGGCGGCACGGAGGUGCGCGCGCUGGCCUUCAGCGUGUUCAGCAGCGCCCGCCGGCUACUCUCGCACUCGCCUGCCGGAAAGUCUCUGACGGGCUUCGGCACUGCCGCCAAUGCCAAUCUUUUCCUUAGCUCGAAAGAUGAGAAAAACCGCGCACCAUACAAACUAUUCUCUCCCGCUUGGGUUCUGGCACCUCCGCGUGCGCUCAAGGAGGUGGCGGAGACGUGGGGUACGACAUGCGGCGACCAGAGUGCCGUGUUAUUCCUGGCUUACUGUUUGUCGCACGAUCAGCGCUGGCUGCUGGCCGCCGCCACAGACGCCCGCGGCGAACUACUCGAUACCGCCGCGAUCAACAUACACGUACCCGCCAGAUCGAGACGGAAGAGAGGCGGUCCGGCGCGAAGGCUAGGCUUAACAAAAUUAAUGGACUUUACUUUGGGUGUUAUGUCGCAAUCAGUUCAGCCCUGGCGACUUGUCGUUGGUCGUGUCGGAAGAAUCGGCCACGGAGAACUUAAAGGGUGGAGCUGGCUGUUAUCUCGACCGAAUUUGAAUCGCGCCUCGAAUAUGCUCCGCGAAAUGUGUGGUAGCUGUUCACUGCUGUAUCCGACCGGCGCACCCUGCAUCUUGUCCGCCUGCCUUGUGUCAACGGAGCCCGAUUCCUGCCUUCGCCUCAUGGCCGACCGCUUCACACCAGAUGAACGCUUUUCGCAGGCUUCAAUCCAGUCGCAUUUGCAUACGCCUCGUGACGUCACAGCUACGCACAUUCUCGUCUUUCCUACAUCUGCUACUACUCAGUCAAAUCAAAUGCCAUUCGAGCCACCAAACGCCAACGGCGAGGAGAACGACAUGCUGCUUGGUCUGGUGGACAUGGUGGACGAAGAUAUGGGCGAAGAGAACAUGACGGAUCUGCUCAUCAGCGACAUGUUCAUGUGGCCUGCCGGCAGCCCGCGCGCCUCUCCCAGAAGGCACGAUGAUGAGGCCAGCAGGGAGGGUAGUCCUGCGAGGCACGCACAUCUUAAUGCCACUGGGGCGUACCCUCGCGACGAUGACCAUCAGCCGGAACAAGUGGGCACAGUCCUGCAGCAGCCGCUGGCGCUGGGGUACCUGGUGUCUACGGCGCCCCUGGGCGCGAUGCCAGGCUGGUGGUGGGCGAGUUGCUGGCAUCUACGUGACGCGUGCCCUGCCUUCCUCAAAAACGCCUUACACCUGCAGUGCGCCGUGGCGCCCCACGACGACUAUACGUCGAUUACUCAGCGCCGCGACCACAACACGCAUCCGCUCGAUUCAACCACCACCACUGACGUUUUACGAUAUGUUUUGGAAGGCUACAAUGCGCUGUCGUGGUUGGCGCUUGACGGUACGACGCAUGACCGACUGUCUUGCCUGCCGCUACACGUACAGGUGCUCAUGCAGCUGUACCACACCGCCGCCGCCAUCGGCUAGACCGGCCAUCUGGAACUUUAUGUUACAGAUGUACUACAUUAAUGUGCUAGCAAUUGUCGACAGUGUGUCCUGGAAGUUUUAUAUUCAGUGAAGUUUUUAUGUGGUGAAGUGUUGAGAAAUGGAGCACUCAGGAUAAUAGUUGAAUGAAUAGGUGCGCCAUCUGAAGUGUUGGUUACCAUUUAUAGUAAUAAAAUUAUUUAUUGGAGUUGGUGUGAAGGAUGUCGCAGGUCUGUAUUCAAAAUAAUGUUGACCUAUUUUACAUGUAUUUAAAAAUCAGUCUAUUAUCUAGACAAGUAUAUUAAUCGAAAUAUAUAAUUAUUAAUUGAAAUUGAUUUCUUAUACAUUUUUUUACUAUUUUAUAUGUUUCAUUAAUUUUAUUUGAUAUUUUGGUAUUAUUAUAAUAUAAAGAAAUACAGACUUGCGAUAGAUCUUACCGUUGUUAAAGAUUAAUGAAGUCCAUUGAAUGAAUUAAAAAGUACAACAUCUAAAACAUGUAUUCGACAGGGGUAUGUCAUUGAACAAGGUUACUUUUGUAGCCAUAAUAUAAUAUAGGUAUCAAAAUAAUGUAUUUUUUUUUUUCGUAAAAUCUCUUGAGAUUAUAAUCUUUUAGGGAAAAUUAAUAUGGAAUGAUUGAUUACAAUAAAUUUGUGAUGAAUUUUACAGUAAUAGGAAUGUAUGGAUUCUUUUCCAAUAGAACUCAUUCUUCAAAGCAUAUAGCAUUCUUAGAUGAAGCAGUACUUAGGUAAAUUAAUUAUAUGGUAUGGCUCGUUUGUAGGAUGGCUCGAGUAGGGACAAGUUAUUGUUGUCAAGGUUUGAUGUUUAGCCCUAGUAAGGGUAGUUGAGCUGGGUUAUGAAUAGUUGUUAUAGUAAAAUGAAAGAGUGGUAACUUUAUUGUUGCCCCUUAUUAUUAUAAGCUGUUUUUAAGACAAUUAUAUUAAUAUUAAAAGUAGCCUGUUAUAUUUUUCAACAUCAGGCAUACAUUUGUUGUUAAGAAACAUCUUAUAGUAACAAGAGUACCAUCUGGAUGAGUAAGUUACCGCGACUUUGUACGAAUAUCGAAAUGUUACAUUAAACAAUAAGAAAAUUUAUAUAAAAAAAAAUAUUAGAUAAGCCGGGGAACUAUUAUGAAUAAACAAAUUCAAUCUUACAAAGGUCCAAUUCGGAAUACAAAGAUGGUUUUUACUGUAACCAUAGUUUUUGAGAUUUAGUCUCGUUAGGGAAUUUCAUUUUCAUCUUUACUCAUAUGUAUAAGAUAUCUUCCAUUGUAGUCUUUCGAAAAGAAAUAUCAUUCUUCCGUGAUCUCACACUCCAUAAGAAAAAACCUCAUUUUCUAUAGUGUAAUCUCCCACUUUUAGGCUUUUAAUGGUAAUCCAUUGCCAAUUUUAAUUCAAUCAAAUCAAUUUAUAUUUUAUCUACAAUUUUAUAUGUUUCUCUAAUUCUUUUUGUAACCGACAUAUAUUUACAAUUUCAUUUGUAUGAAAGAUCUUAAAUCUAACCUGUAUUAUAUACCCAAUUAAUCAUUAGUAUUUUUUUAAAUAAAGCUAUGUUUAAAUAAAAACAUCUAUGAAAACUAACCUAGAGUCUAUUGUACUUGAUAGCUUAGUGCUAGUGUUUUGGAAUGAUUUUAUAUCUGUACCAUGCUAGAUGGACGGAGUCUGUGAAUAUCGUAGUUCUUUUCUUCUAGCAGUUUGAGAGUUUUGAUUGACAGUCCGACUUCUCGUUUCGAUCUUAAGUCUUCUUUCUAAUCAUGGUUAUCCGAAAUAUGUAGAUUGUCACAAGUUAAUUAUUGCCGUUGUAAUAUUAUUAUUAUAAUGUUGUUGUGCUACGUAUAAUGUAAUAUAUUAUUUUUAUUUUAUGUUUCAAGCCGGUAUGAAUUACCAAAGGUGUUAGCUAUUCGAAUAGUGAUUUAGAUAUUUUUACCGUCACAUAUUUUCGUAGUAAUCUUGAUUUGACAGGGUUCCGUUUUCGUCUCUAUUACAUUUAAUGAAAACAAUUUUUUUUUUUAAUCAAUUUUAAAAUUAUAUUUGUACAGACAUUUUUUUUUAAUUUAAAUUUUAAUAAAUUUUCUAUCAUUUUAUUACGUAUGAAUUAAAAUCAUGUAGUUGAAAUUUUACAUUAGAUCAAUUAACUCAUAAUUUAAAGCUCGGGUCUGUAUUGACCGUGCACAGUUUUAUAUCCAGGGAUCAAAGGCUCAACGUCGGUUGACAUAAAAAAAAAAACAUUUCUUUGAAAUAAUGAAUAACGUUAGUCGAAAAUAUUAAAAUAUAAUGUUAAGUGAACUGCCAAGCGUCCGCGUCGAUAGCGCGUGUGGGAAGGGUAAUAACAUUCUAAAAACAGUGUGUCUAGAAAUAUCGUUUUCUUAUGAUAAUGAACCUCCAAUCGGAAAAUAAUUAGUAACACCAAUAGUUUACGGUUAUGAAUAGUAAUAAAGAGAGCCCUCUAGAUCAUGUUCGGAACAUUAGCAUUUGUAUAAUUAUAGCUCGUUUUAUAUAACUAUUAAUGAGAAACCAUUGUAACGACAGCACCGUUGAUAGGUCGAAUCUCUUACAUUUUGAGUAGGUAUAUGAAAUUUUCUAUUUUAAUAAAAUUAAAGGUAAGUUAUAGGCAGGCGUCAUAAAGAUAUUGUAUAAUAUAUACAUAAGUAAGACACAUGGGAUGAUCUUUGUAAUACCGUGGCACAGGUGAAGUGUCUCAAAUAAUAUUGCAAUUCCGUUGGGACUCUGGAAGUUAUAUGUUUAUUUGUUGAACAAAAUGAUAACAUUAAACUGUAAUGAUUAAAGUUUCGUUGCUUAUUACCUGAUUAAUUUUAGUUGCAAACAUGUUCGAUCAGUGACGAACGCUGAUUGUAGGCAAAUUGUACAGGCUCUGUAUAGAGGCGUCGUGACUCGUUUCGUGCCGGUAUACAUAAAUUAUUUAAUUGUAGCGACGUGACGGCUACAUCGCGUAUUAACUGAAUUAUGGCUAGUUGAAUAUAAAAUGUUUUAAAUGUGUUACAGCAUUUGAGAAUAUUUAAUGAUGUUGUAUAUAGUUUAUAUUUUGUUUUGUAAAACGACAAUUUGUAAAUAUAAUUGAAGUAGUGAUGUACCGUUAAUUAUUUGCCCACUUUGCCGAUGUAUAAUGGAGCACGUUUUAAAGAAACCACUCGUAAUAUUUUGUACAGUUGUUAAGCGAGAUUCGUAGUUGAAUGAAUUAUUUUUAAGAUUACGUUUUUGAUCCUUUUUUUUGUUAUUGUGAAUUUGUCAAUUUUUUUAGGGAAUUGGGAUUGUACUGUAUAUAGACCACACCAUUUCGUCAUAUAUUAGUUUGUAAGCGGACAAAUCUGAUGAUUGUAAUGGAAAUCAAAUUUUCUCAAUAGAGCAAUCAUUAGGUAUUCGUAAACAAAAGUUAGUGUAAUACUUGAUAUUAAUAUAACUUUAUAAAUAACUGUGAAAAUAGGUAAUAAUAAUUAUGAAUAAAAUAUUACAUAUUUA